CUUGCUACAUCGAAUCCAGGCAAGCCACAAGGAAUUUCCACAGCUAAAUGCGAUAGAUACAUGGCUAUAGGAAGCCAGUGGAUACGUCAUAUAUCGCAAAGAAAACCACAGCUAGAGUCAUAAAAACCAAGUUCCUGAAGAGUCGACUGCACGAACCCCAUAAACAUUGCCAGUUCCCCGAUUCUGCCGCUUAUCGCAAUUGACGGGGGCCCCUACUUUUUGCCCCCCCGCACUUUCUGCGGGCUCCAAUAUUGAUUAAAGAACGGGAGGCAUGCGGUUACCCCUCCCAGUGCCCCCACCCGCAUUGAGGCAUUUAAAGUGAUCGUCUGAAAAGCAGAGCACAGUUGGAGAACAAAUGGAAACGCUCUCGGCGAGCGGAACGACGAGCGUUUUGGGGCAGAGUUUGCUGUCAGUCGAUGAUUAGACUGCUCGCAGGCCAGUCAUCCCGCUCCCAGAUUAGGAAAUCUUUCCCCAGAACUCGGAAAUUUGGAAUAAGCUGAAAUAGUCAAAAGGGGAGAUAAGAAAUUGAUAUAAAUUUGAAGCUCACUGCGGGGGAUAUUUCAAUUGGUUCCCGCAAGCCCAGCCAGCAACAUGCCUUCCGAUCAGGAUCCGACUCCAGAGCAGAUCAGUCAAGUCAAGACUAGCAUUCUGCAGAAAGUGGAGAAAGAGCCACCAGCAGAACCAUUCCAUCCCAACGAUCUGAAGAGAAUUACGGACAGUGACCUUUGGAUCACCAAGCUUCUGCAGGUCUAUGACUGUGAUGUGGAGAAGUGCAUCACGAGGUUGUGGGACAAUCUCGCCUGGCGGAAAAGUUUCGGAGUCUAUGACAUCACCGAGCAGAACCUUAACCAGGAGUUUUUGAACGACGGCUCCAUCUUUGUGCACAACAAGGACAAGGACGGAAAGCCCCUGCUGAUCCUCACCAUCAACAAACACUCGAAGAGCCGAAAUCAGGAGGACCUACUGCGAAUCCUUGUCUUCUGGAUUGAGCGAUUGCAGCGGGACAGUAGCCUGGAUAAGAUUACCAUUUUCAUGGAUAUGACUGGCACCGGUCUGAGCAACUUGGACCUGGACUUCAUCAAGAGUAUUAUCGGAGUGUUCGAGACCAAAUAUCCCUAUGUGCCUAACUAUAUUCUGGUGCAUGAUUUGCCUUUUCUGCUGAAUGCUGCCUUUAAAAUUGUGAAGACCUUCCUGCCCGCCGAAGCUCUGAAGAUCCUGAAGGUGACCACCAAAAAGGACAUCGAUCAGUAUGUGGACAAGGAUAACUGCCUGAAAAUCUGGGGCGGUAAUGACGACUACGUUUACAAAUUCGCCUGAACAAUGGAAUUGUCCAACAACUUUGUUAAAUAGUGUAAAUAAUAAUACGAUAUUUAUUGACCAUA